GUUACUUAAUCGCUUUCACACAUGUGCCCGGCGUGUAGUUUCGUUCUAGAGAAUUCUUACUGAAAAUUUUAUAGCCUCAAAGUUUAUAAGACUGACCUAUGUUUCAACUAAUUUAUUACGACUCAUAACUAUCUCACUUUUAUCUUUUGUUGUCGUUGGAUGCUCCUAGUACCACAUCAUAACUUACCAAGUUAUCCGAUCUCGUAUACUACUCAGCAUAACAUCAUUAUUAAAGUUGGUAUUGGCUCCAUUCGAAAGCAUUAUUCACGUUUCACAUAUGACAGUAAUCUUCACCUGGGAUUUGAAUAAUUCUGUAGUGAAUUUUGUUUUGUCAUUAGUGAAUUUGUCAUUACAUCUAAAUCUCGACAUUUGUACAUCACAAGUCCGUGAUGUACAAGAGUUGAUCAAUCUCAAUCGGUUUAUAAUAGUAACAUGGUUUGUAUCAGACCAAAUGCAGUUCUCAUACAUUGAUUCAUACGAUAGAAUUUCUGCUCCAUAAUGAUGAAUCAGUCCCAUUAACAGUUCACUGUGUUUUUGGCAUGCAAUUCAGUUAUAUCCCUCAAUAAUAUCUCUUAAGCUGUUGUUUCGCGGCCCAAGGUUUAGAACUCGCAUUCUCAAACUCAGUUGUGUUGGGAAGUUGAUUUUCAAAUAUGGAAUCUAUCGAUAUUCAUUGUUCUGCCUUAUGCACAGCUAAAAAUCGGCACCUGUCACUUCCUACGUCUACAGAUGUCUCAACUCCAUUUCGUUUUGUAAUUAUUGCUGACCCACAGCUUGGUUUACUUGAACAGUAUGUGGAGAAACGUCCUCGACCCCACCACUGGGAUAGGGAAGUGAAGCUUGUUAGUAGGGCAGUAAGUAUCAUAAAUCGUCUUUGUCCGAAGCCAGCUUUUGUUAUCAUUUGUGGGGAUCUUGUUAACGAUUAUCCAGGUGGUUCUGAUAGAUGUAAACAAACAUCUGAUUUGCUGGAAAUACUGUCUCAUCUCAACAGUGAUAUCCCUCUUAUUGUGCUUCCAGGAAAUCAUGAUCUUGGGAACCGCCCUGAUGUAAAUGACGUGCAGGACUAUAUAAGUAUGUGGGGAGAUGAUUACUUUAGUUUCAUAUUUAACCGAACAAGGUUUAUUGUACUUAAUACUCAAUACCUAGUGAAUGACUCGAAGUGCCAAUCUUCGUCCAGUGAAUUUCGUCAGUGGUUCAAUGAACAACUCUCUAUAAAAAAUGAAAAUUUUGAUAUGUCGGUUGUAUUCCAGCAUAUUCCAUUUUUCUUAGAAGAUAUAAAUGAACCAGAUAAUUAUUUCAAUAUACCAAUAAAUUAUCGUAAAGAAUUUGUCAAUAAACUUUAUCAACAUAAAAUUUAUUAUGCAUUCGCUGGUCAUUUACAUAAAAACAUUAUAGCAAAUUAUACCCCAUUAAUAAUUAAUGAAAAUAAUGAUCACACCAAUAACAACAAUACUAAUAAAUCAUUUUCAAUGAUCAGUUCAUCAUCUGUUUGUGUCCAAUUAGGUAAUAAUCAACCAGGAAUUCGUCUUGUGCAAAUUGAUACUACUAAUAAUAAUAAUGAAAAUGAUGACUUUCUAAAGCAUGUCUAUUGGACGUUGGAUGAAUUAGAGGAAAUUUUAAACUCUGGUAAACAACCGGAAAUCUAACGGUUCUUAGACAUCAGGUUAUUUUACAACCUUGUUUUCUUACAAUGUGUAACGUCAUAAUAUUUGUUUUUUUUUUUGGAUGGGGGCAUCAUGUGAGAGGACUCACGUUUGUUUUUGAGAAAAAGGAGGAAAAAAAAUAGAAUGUUUCUUG